CCUGGGGCUAUAAACAUGCGGCAGGAGAGCCCAGAGAGUCGGGGAUCGCAUCGAGCCGUCGGGGAGUACCUGUGCGGCCAUCGUCCCUGGGCGAAGAAGAUGCUGCCGAUCAGGAAGACCGCGAAACAGGGCAAAAGGGGUAUUCUAGAACGCUUGGAUGCUGGAGAAAUUGUGAUUGGAGAUGGGGGAUUUGUCUUUGCUCUUGAAAAGAGGGGAUAUGUAAAAGCUGGGCCCUGGACUCCUGAAGCAACUGUAGAACAUCCAGAAGCAGUUCGUCAGCUUCACCGAGAAUUCCUCAGAGCUGGAUCCAAUGUUCUGCAGACCUUCACCUUUUAUGCCAGUGAGGACAAACUAGAGAACAGGGGCAAUUAUGUAGCUGAGAAAAUAAGUUGCCACAAAGUGAAUGAAGCUGCUUGUGACAUUGCAAGAGAAGUGGCUAAUGAAGGUGAUGCUUUAGUGGCUGGAGGAGUCAGUCAAACGCCAUCCUACUUAAGCUGCAAGGAUAAAACAGAGGUUAAAGCAGCCUUUCAAAAGCAACUGGAAGUCUUUAUGAAGAAGAACGUGGACUUCUUAAUUGCCGAGUAUUUUGAACAUGUUGAAGAGGCUGUCUGGGCAGUUGAAGUUCUAAAAGAAUCUGGAAAGCCAGUUGCAGCUACGAUGUGCAUUGGUCCAGAAGGAGACAUGCAUGGAGUGUCCCCUGGACAAUGUGCUGUCCAGCUGGUAAAGGCUGGUGCUUCUAUAGUUGGAGUCAACUGCCAUUUUGAUCCAGAAACUUCCAUCGAAACUGUGAGGCUGAUGAAAGAGGGCUUGCAGGCUGCUAAACUGAAAGCCCACCUGAUGUGCCAGCCACUUGCUUUCCAUACUCCUGAUUGUGGAAAGCAGGGAUUUAUUGAUCUUCCGGAAUUUCCCUUUGGUUUGGAGCCAAGAAUUGCCACCAGAUGGGACAUUCAAAAAUAUGCAAGAAAGGCCUAUGACUUAGGAAUUCGUUUCAUUGGAGGCUGCUGUGGAUUUGAACCAUAUCAUAUCCGAGCAAUAGCUGAGGAGUUGGCUCCUGAAAGAGGAUUUUUGCCAGAAGCUUCUGAGAAACAUGGUAGCUGGGGUGAUAACCUGAGCAUGCAUACCAAACCCUGGGUCAGAGCAAGGGCAAGAAAAGAAUACUGGGAGAAUCUGAAGCCUGCUUCUGGCAGGCCAUAUUGUCCUUGCAUGUCAAAGCCAGAUGGCUGGGGAGUGACCAGAGGAGCCAAGGAGCUGAUGCAACAGAAAGAAGCAACAACUGAACAACAGCUGAAGGAGCUUUUCCAGAAAAAGAAGUAGAAAAAGAAGUUCUGAUCCACUGCAGUCAUAUAAAUCUUAAAAUGAUUUAUCUACAGACCAUCUCAGACCAUUUAAGAAGAAAAUUUGUGAAGAUGAAUACUGUGUUGAUUUAUCAGUUAAAAUGUAAUGAAAGAGAGAAAAUGCAGAAAAAAUGUGAUUACAUAGUAAAUAUGUCUAACAUUGAUAAUAAAAUCCUUCUCUGGACAAAUAGCUUAGAGAAUACACAGUCAAAAGUAAUUUUGGAUUCUCAUAAUAAUUAAGCUUCGGUUAGCUGAGUGCCAUUAAUUGGGUAGACACAGAAAUACCUGGAAAGUAAUAACUGGCUCAACUCACCUGUGAAAAAAGAAAAAGCCAUCUAUAAAUACAGUAUCAAUGGACUUCACCUCUGAAAUCUGUUUUCAGUUUGUUAUUCCUCAGAUCUCCAGAUUUGUUGAGAACUAGUGCAGCUUCCUCAGGCCUCCAGAUUUGUUGAGAACUAGUGCAGAAAUACACAAACUGAAAAUUAUUUGUGGUCACUUUCUUGGUUUCAAGAGAACAAAAGUAAAAAAUGUAUCUUAUCAUUGUUAUCAAAACUUAAGGAAAACGAGAUCUUGCAGGAAUCUCUUAAAUGCAGAGAGCUUUUAGAAGAGAAAAAUGGCAGAUAGGUAACUCAGUUUUUGCCUUAAGGUACCAUGUAUGCAAGAUUUACUCUUAUGGGGAUUAAAAGCCUUAAGAAAUUACUCUGCAAUCCAAAGAAAUGUCAAAUAAAUUAAAAAAUAAUAUAUUGAAAUAGUACUGUAUUAUCUCCACAUCUUAAAUUGUAAAAUGUCAAAAAGUAUAUUGUAUCUCCAGUAAAAAACUAAUUUUCAAAUGA